AUGUCCCAACUUCCUACUCAUCAUCACACUGUUAAAAGACUACAACAACAUGCAUUUAAAUCAACAUCAAGACCGUUUUUAUCGAGAUUACCUAAGAUACCACAGAAAAUAUUCAGUUAUUCAUUAGCUGAAAAUUUUGUUGAUCAUUCAACUAAUCCAUUAUUAAGUCAAUUAUACAAAAUUGAAUCGACAAAUGCGGCAAAAAAAUGGCCAAAAGGACGUUUUGCUAAUUAUGAAUGUACAAUUCGUAGAAAAGAUGCACCAGAAAUAAAAGUUAAAUCAAAUAAAUAUCAUCCAGUCAUAAUUAAACCACGAAAACAACCAAUAGUUACUGUGAAAAAGCCUAAAGUAAUUGAUCCAACAAUACAAAAACAAAAACAGAAACAAAUGAAAGAUCAAGAACGAAUAUACGAUACAUUAUUUGCAAAAACUGUCAAAGUAUGUUUAAUUGAGAUUUUAGAUUUUUGGAUAAUUAUGUUAGAAAGAUAUCAAAGUUCUAAAAUAAUUGAAAAACAGCAAAUAGUACCGUCAGAAGAUACAAUACAACCAUCACAACAAGAAAUAUUUACAAAUAUUGACUUCGUUAAUUUAAAUCAUGUUCAGUCACAAUUUGAAAUAGAGACAUCAUAUGCUUCAUCUUAA